CUAGUCUGUUUUUUGAGUAUUUUGGAACAACAUCUGCAAGAAAAAUGUCUCUGUCUGGUAAGGUGGAGGGAGAGGUCGAAAUUAAGGCACCAGCUGAGAAGUUUCGUGAGAUCUUCAGCGGCCGACCACACCAUAUUUCCAAUGUCUCCCCUGACAAAAUACAGGGUUGUGCUUUGCAUGAAGGUGACUGGGGCACUGAGGGCUCUGUCAUCUACUGGGAUUAUGUACAUGAUGGGAAAGCUAAAGUUGCAAAGGAGAUAGUGGAAGCAAUAGAUGAGAAAAACCACUCGGUGACAUUCAAAGUGGUAGAGGGAGAUCUGAUGGAGGAGUAUAAGAGCUUCAAAAUCGUUGUUCAAGCCACACCAAAGAGUGAGGGCAGCGUGGUUCAUUGGACCUUUGAAUUUGAAAAGCUGAGCGCGGAUGUUCCAGAACCCAACACUUUGCUGCAAUUUGUACUUGAUGUCAGCAAAGACAUCGGCUCUCACCUUUCCCAGAAAGAAACUACUGUACGUGUUACAAAAAUGUCUCUGUCUGGUAAGGUGGAGGGAGAGGUAGAAAUUAAGGCUCCAGCUGAGAAGUUUCGUGAGAUCUUCAGCGGCCGACCACACCACGUUUCCAAUGCCUCCCCGGAGAAAAUACAGGGUUGUGCUUUGCAUGAAGGUGACUGGGGCACUGAGGGCUCUGUCAUCUACUGGGAUUAUGUACAUGAUGGGAAAGCUAAAGUUGCAAAGGAGAUAGUGGAAGCAAUAGAUGAGAAAAACCACUCGGUGACAUUCAAAGUGGUCGCGGGAGAUCUGAUGGAGGAGUACAAGAGCUUCAAAAUCGUGGUUCAAGCCACACCAAAGAGUGAGGGCAGCGUGGUUCAUUGGACCUUUGAAUUUGAAAAGCUGAGCGCGGAUGUUCCAGAACCCAACACUUUGCUGCAAUUUGUACUUGAUGUCAGCAAAGACAUCGGCUCUCACCUUUCCCAGUGAUGAUAAAACAAAAAUAUGGCUGUGUUGCAGCACAUGAUCAGUACUGUACGUGUGCAUCUACAUAUAUAUGUAAGUGGUUGAGUGUCUGGGGGUGCAAUGUUCUAUCCUAUAUUAUAUAUAUAUAUAUACACAUAUACAUAUAUAUGCAGUUCUAGUUUCGUGUGGGCAUGCAAUGGGCUUGCUGAAGCCUCCAGGCAUCCGUAUUAUUAUGCAUAUAUGGGUGAUAUAUAUACUAUUUGACUCUGAAUAAAUUAACCUAUAUAUGGCGUUUGGAAUA